GUUCAGUGUGUCAGUGCCGCAGUCAGUUUUCGCGAAUCCGCUCCGUUCUGCGUUCGCGAAGUACGUACGCGUCGUCUUCGAACGUGCGUUUUUAACCCGCCAUCGGCCGUGUGGAUAUCAACCAACGUGCCUAGCGCGUCCCUUUAGCUCACCGUGUGAUGCGAUUUUAAUUCGCUGCGGCUGUUGGUUUUUACAUACGUUAUUGGCUGGUGGUGUCAAAGAAUUUUCUACUUUGGCAGCAGGUGCCCUGGAACCUGAUCAUGAAAAUGGUGCUAUCACAACGACAGCGAGAAGAGCUGAACAAAGCGGUCGCUGAUUACCUGAGUACCAAUGGCUACAUGGACGCGCUGGAGGCGUUCAAGAAGGAGGCCGAUAUGCCCGGAGACGUCGAGCGCAAGUUCGCCGGCCUCCUGGAGAAGAAGUGGACGUCGGUGCUGCGGCUGCAGAAGAAGGUGAUGGAUCUGGAGUCGAAGCUCAGCGAAGCUGAGAAGGAGUUCAUCGAUGGCGCGCCCACGCGCGGCAAGCGCAACCCCAGCGAGUGGAUUCCACGUCCGCCGGAAAAACACAGCCUCGCUGGUCACAGAGCGCCGGUAACACGCGUGAUCUUUCACCCGGUCUUCAACCUAAUGGUGUCUGCCAGCGAGGACGCCACCAUCAAGGUAUGGGACUUCGAAGCAGGGGAAUAUGAACGCACGCUGAAGGGUCACACCGACUCAAUCCAGGACAUCGCUUUCGAUGCCGGCGGUAAAGUGCUUGCCUCCUGCAGCGCGGACAUGUCCGUCAAGCUGUGGGACUUUCAGACGUUCGAUUGUAUGAAAACGAUGCUCGGGCACGAGCACAACGUCUCCAGCGUGGCAUUCCUGCCCGCUGGCGACUUUGUCGUCUCGGCGAGUCGUGAUCGCACGAUUAAGAUGUGGGAGGUCGCGAAUGGGUACUGCGUGAAGACAUUCAACGGACAUCGUGAAUGGGUAAGGAUGGUGCGAGCGUCCGCUGAUGGCGCGAUGCUUGCCAGUUGCUCCAAUGAUCACACCGUGCGUGUGUGGCUGGUGGCGAAUAAGGAGUGCAGGCAGGAGUUGCGUGGUCACGAUCAUGUGGUUGAAUGCGUCGCUUGGGCUCCGGCUUUGACUAGUUCGGCGAUUAAUGAGGGUGCAGGUGCGGAUAAUCGCAAGGGGGAACAUCUUGGGCCGUUCCUGGCGAGUGGAUCCAGAGAUAGGAAUAUCAGAAUAUGGGAUGUGAACGCUGGAAUUUGUCUGAUUACGCUCACCGGACACGAUAACUGGGUGCGAGGCGUUGUAUUCCAUCCAGGUGGCAAGUUUCUGGUCUCAGCUGGCGACGAUAAAACCUUGCGUGUGUGGGAUCUCACCCACAAGAGGUGCAUGAAGACCCUGGAAGCUCACAAACACUUUUGUACAUCCGUUGAUUUCCACAAAUCUCAUCCGUACGUGAUCUCCGGCAGCGUGGAUCAGUCGGUGAAAGUCUGGGAGUGCCGCUAAAUCCGCCACCUUUAAGCAAAAUUCUGGAGCGUUAAGGAAAGAAACAAAAAAAAAAUUGAAACAAACACAUUUACACACACAAAACCCCACACAUAAAUCAUUUACAGAGAAUUCUAAUUUUUACUAAUCUUGAAAUGAUGCGAUUUCGAAGCAAGGCGACAGGCGAAGAUUUGCAAUUUGGGACAAUUUGUAAUGUAUUGCGUACAACAAUAAUUACUACUGAUUAUAUAUUUAACAACACCAACACAGAUACAGACAACACAAAACCCGAGAAAAAAACAAACAAAAACGAUGAUCGCAAGCAGGCGCGGGUCCUCGACGCGCAUGCGUUAUUUAUCGCCGCCGUUUUUAUCAACAAAAUCAAAUCAACCAUUGUAUAAUAUAUUUUGUUUUUUUAAAUAGGCUUACAGUAUGCAUGUACAUGCUGUUCUUUUAACAUCCGUUUAUGCUUCGUCCAAUAUUCCACAACAUUUGUGCGCGGCGCGCAGCCGCACGUUUUAAUUAAUUUUAUCCACAUCAUGUACAUAUUUAUAUAUUUAUUGCUUGUUAUAAAUAUCAGAACACACGUUGCACGGUGUCUAACUCAAUGGUUGCGAGUGUGCGGCCGCAGGACACUGCUAAUCGGAUGCACAAGGGCCGCGGGGGCGUGGGUACGAUCGAGGGACAGAUAUUUUUUUUUUUUCGUGGCAAGAUAAUGAUGCAUGGGAUAUACAUACUUGAAGAUUACACUAUACAAUGUUAAGAAUAUAAUAUACUUAUUUAUAUAUUUAGGAGUAAUUGAUAAAAUAAAACGUUUUAAAUGCUAAGUAAAUCAAUUGAUAAACAGUGGCGGUUUGGGGACGCGUUGAGCGGAAUUGUUAGUGGUAGGCAGUUAUUGAGCAGCGCAAAAUGUAGCUUAUUCCUCUCUGUCUCUGUCUCAGAAGUUGCUUUAUUGCUUGACUGUUUGUUUCACACCGUGUUCUAAGCAAUAUCUGCACCUCAUGUCUCUUUGUAAACGCCAUGUCUCUUGUGUUCUUCGAUUAGUUCCCCGUCUCGCUGCGUAUUUAUUAAACAUUUUUAAUUAAGAUGACAAAUGAUUGCGUACGUCCGCACGGACAACAACUAGUAAAUAAUUGUCUAAACUUGCUUCAAAUAUAUGUAUUUUGCCAGUGCGCGAAGAACGCAACCACACAAAAAUAUGAUGAUUGAGGAUCGAACGCAUUGCGUGCAUCCGAAAAAACUGUUAAUUCUAAGUCUUUAUCAACACAAAAAGAAUUGCUCUUCAAUCUUAUCGAUUAUAAUGAUGGAAUAAUCUACUAUAGCGUCUAUGCCUGUACUCAAUAUAGACAAUUAUAUUUAUGUAAUUUAUUCGGUAUUUAAAAGACACAGUUGCAAAUGAAAAACAAGAAAUACAUGACGGCGCAACACGUUUCUAGGUGUACCCAAAAAUGCCCAAUAUGUAGAACUAGUAACUAGCUUCGAUUGCAAUCGUUCUUACAAUAUGUAGUCGCCUAUGUUCGAAUAAAAAAAAUGUCACUGGUCGAAACAAUUUCACACAGGAGGCGCGCGCUGAUUCAAUUGUUUGAGUUGUGAUAUAUUCGUUGUAAUACUAAAUGUUGGACAUGAUGAUGAUGAUGAUGAUGGAGAGAGCGCGCCAGCGCCCUUCCACUGGAAGAUAAUUGUGAAAAAUAGGAAGUCGAUGAGGGUAUAUUUUUAGCUGAACGCUUUUUGGACGACUUUAAACUUUAAGCAAACAUGGAGAGAAUGAAGCGAAAUCGAUUAUAUGACGAUUGAGAUAUUCGAGAUGCAGAUAGGUUUCUAUUGGCUCGUUAUUUUUUGAUAAUGCACAGCACAAUACCCAUUAAAGCAUAUUAUAACAUUUUCCGUCUGUCUCUGUAUAUAUUAAUUAAUAUAUGAUUAAUUAUUAUAUAUGAAAAUGAACAAAUAUAAAUGAUUCAACAUGA